GCUACCGUAGGAGCAAUAGCUAUUAGGCUACCCUGUUGCUUCUUCCUUCACGCACAUUGAUCCGCAAAAGCAAGAAGGGCGCUUUCUAAAAACUGGGGCUGCAUCCGAUGGCAUUGCUGCCCGGGACUCAUUUAACGAGUGUUUCGUGGUUCCCGCCAGCAACCGCAAAGCAACCGUUUGCAUGGCUUCUGCAUGGCAACAAGCGAACAAAACAACAACAUAAAACCUGAAUUCAAUCCUUUGGUAAGAUCAAAGGAAGAGAGUGUCUUUGCUACCAAGCCCUUGCCUAGGAUUAACAUUUGAUUAAGAGAGAAUGAAGAUAGGGAUGAUGUCGUUGCUGUCAACGUGCAUCUCUCUGAGCCUUGUCGCUCUAGCGGCAUCUACGGAAUCGCCUUCCAAGACUGCCUUUGUGAAACGAAUGCUUCAAGCGGAUGACUUGUCGCGACGAGUGGAAUCGGCCAGUCGAUCGCUGGUUGAGGAGGAAGAAGAUUGGGACCUUCAUCCUGGCUUUCGGCGUCGCCAUGUGGGUCUGGUUCAUCCGGACCAUGCUCACGAUCACAGUGGUCGUCAAACGCAAAGCGAUUUCACGAAAGAACAGAACUGCGAUCAAGCAUUGUUGAGUUGUUUGCCGGAAGAGAAAUGCGCCUCUUGCUUUCGCUACUUAUACGGAGAAAAUGUGGACUGGGGAACCGUGACGCCGGAUACUUCCUGUGAUGAUGUCUUGGGAUUCUUGGCCAAAAAAUCGCACUGCUCGGAUAUGCACAGUGACAACGGGGCUCGCGAAGCCUUUUGCAAGGCGUUCAAUGCCUGUGCCGUCUGGGAAGAAGACGAUAAAGACGAAGAAGACGGAGAUGAUGACGACGAAGAAGACUUAAUUGACUGUGACUCGCUCAUUGACUGCAAUUGGCCUGGAAUACGCAAAAACUGGCUCAUGGAUGGAAUUUGCCAUGAUCAAAUGGGUGGUUGCUACAACACGGCUAUCUGCGGAUGGGACGGCGGUGAUUGCUGCGAAGACACUUGCACGUCCGGAACCUACGCCGAGUGCGGCCACGACGGAUACUUUUGCCGUGAUACCAACUCCACUAAAUGCGAUCCGAAAUUUUCGCUCGCCUGUACAAAUACCAACAUGACCGACGAAAACAAUCCGGAUCCAGCCUUGACCCAGUGCGGCGACGAUGAAGUCAAAUACAAAUUGACAAUGUACGAUACCUUUGGAGAUGGAUGGGAUGCCACCACUUUGAACAUUACAGCCGCUGCACACACAGACAGUGUCAAAUUUAGCGGUGCCCUCAAUUCCGGAUCCAAGGGUAUUCGAUACAUCUGUCUACCCAAGGAAUCCACCUGUUUGCAUGUCGAUGUCGCCGGUGGAGAAUGGGGAAAUGAAGCUAGCUGGGAGGUUAGACCCAUGGCAAAUGGAGCUCCAGCUUUGGCGGCCGGAGGCGCUCCGAUGAAUUGCGAUUUCUCCGUUGGUGGAAAAGCUUGUAAGGACAACACGUGCGAUGGAAAACCGAACGUCAAACCUAAUAAUGACCCCGAAUACAAGGAAUUCAAAGAGAUGUAUACCUGCAUCGAAAAACAAUGUACCAUCCAAGUGGGAAUUUGCGAGAAGGACGAAACCUGCAACCUAUGCUUGGCGGAAGAAAAAGCUGACUUUUGCUAUGGAAGUGAUGCCUUCCUAGCUGUCGUGGACUGUACCAUGUGUCAUUGCACCGCAAGGAAAGAUUCGGACUUUUGCCAGACCAAGUUGAACCCUGGCAUAUUGCCCAGUGCUACCACUAUUGAAAACAACAACAAUGAUGGCAGACAGCCAGACGGGUCGACUCGUACCUGCAGUCCUGGCGAGACAAUGAAGGGUUCAGACGCCGUUCUGACUUUUGCAGAAUGCACAGACAUGGAUCAAAUCACACUGCUGGUGCGGGAUUACGACAUGAACAAAUUCGGCCUUUUGGAUCAGUUUGAGGCAUGUGCUCAUGGUUACAAGAGUGCCGCUAAUCAUGGUGGACACACUGCCUUGGGAUGCAUGGGUAUUCUCGAGCGAGCCACGCACAUGGCAGAGGAACAAAGCGAAGAGGAAUAUGCAGACGCCAUUUCUGCCCUUGCGACUCUGUUGUAUCACCAAGCUGACAGCUUUUGCGAAUGCGCGUCCAAGGCGUCAGCUGAUUGUCCUUUGUGCUCCUCCUUUAUCCAUCUCAAGAGCUUAUUGUAUGAGUCCAUGGAUGGCUGCAAGUCUCUGGACGAAAUUGAUUGUGAUGCCUGGGCUGAGUUCUACACUCCCUGCAAGGAGAGCUUGGAAGACAAGUUUGAUGGAACCAUUGAUUUUAGCAAGAGCGAAGUCUGCCAAUUCGUACAAGAUGGAUGUGGAAAGUCCGGCGCAUUCCCCGUUCUUAGGAGGAUCGACUGCGAAGCGGAGAUCUCGUCGGCUGCUUGGGGCUUUUACCAGGACUAUGCCAAGAAUUGCUUGGAAGCGACAGCUGCUCCUGCGGCUGUUCCCGCUGACAAAGACACUCCAGCGCCCGUGGCUCCGCUGACGCCUCGCCCUACGGCUCCCACUGGACCAAAGCCAGAGCCCACCCCACGACCAACAAUGAAGCCAUACGUUCCCACCGACAGUAGCAGUGCUAACAAGAAGCCGUAUGUCGUCCCGUCCGACAGCAGUAGCAGCACCAGCACUGCUAACAAAAAGCCGUACUACCCAUCGGACUAUGUUCCAGCCGAGGAUUCAGAUUCAUCGGGCAAGAAGUCACACUUUUUCCGAAACUUCUUUAUUGUGCUCGUCUUGGGAGGGGCUGGGUUCGUCUACUACAAAAAGCGAACGGAGGCGUUCAGUUUUGUCAGAUACCGCAACAGCAGAAACUAUGCUGGCGGCGAGAGUGAGAUGUACAGCGCUCCUUACAGUGGGCUUACAAUGGAUAGUGCAUCUGGGGCAUUCCAGCCACCUUCAUUGCCCCCUACCCCAUCAGCAAUCGACGGCGGCGGGAUGUAUUGAUCAUCUGAGAGCCAACAUUUUGGGAAGGUCAAGAGUUGAACAGUUUACAUUUUAAAAAUUUCAGAGGUACUAUAUUAUUUGUUCCUUGGAUUCCAACUACUAGCAAUGAGUCGCCAAUGUAUUCAUAGUCUAGUCUACUGUUGGUUAUUUCCUGCUAUCUAGAGCCUGAGUCGAGUCACGGUCCUCAAUUGCUGGCGUCCGCACCAUGUGCCGUGGUCCCAGGCUCUGUCUUCUGGGUAUUAGUACGGUGACGUUCAGAGACCAAGGUGCUGGAUGCUGGAUCGAUAAUGUUGACUUUUCCUCCUACACGUACCAGGUGCCACCGUAUCCUUGCAAUCUUGUUGUGCAUGCUCCCAUUGCAAGUUGGUGGACCCAGCGAUCGGUUCCGUCCCUGACCGGAAGGGAGGAGGGACCCGCUCAUGCCGAAAAAGCAUCAAUACACAUCCCCAAUUUGAGCAUCACACCAAUGAGGCCAUUUUCUUCAUCUAUAGUGAGAGUGAUCUCAUCCGCCUGAUCCCUUCAGGUAAAUCCCUGGCGUAUUGGUAGAUAACUUGUGGUAAAACAUCUGAAUGGAGACAUCGGAAUGGAUUUUCCAUGGUGGUGUAAUGCAAAGCAGUGUUUUCUGUGGUCCAAUAGAGUACUUAGCCAGGGCUUUCUGAUGGAAUAAUCCACCAUUUUUCGCUUUUUCGCAACAGUGAAUCUGUUGAGUCAUGAGUAUCCGGGACUGAAAUUCGAAAUCGACUGGACCACCAAAAGCGAUUCCUCACUAGGAUCGUAGAUCUGAACUCCCGCGGGAGACUGUAGAGUGUGAUAGAGUAGGUUGCGGUAGCAAUCCUACUCACUCCACGAUCCAAAAACGGAACGCGUGGAAGAUUCGUCUAGCAUUUAUCUAGUAGC